AUGCCUUAUCAAUGGACUGCUGAGCGAGAGCGCCGCAUGCUGCUGUGCGCGAUUUCCUCCGCGAACCUGAGGCCUUCUGCCGACACAUGGCAGCAGGUUGCGACUCUCCUGGGAGAGGGUCUGACACCAUCGGCCGUGAGCCAAAAGUACUACAAACUGCGACAUGAGAUGGCAAAGGUCUUCGAGGAACAAGGGGUUCCGAACUCGACCCCGGCUCCCACUACACCAACCAAGCGCAAAGCUGAAUACGACAACGAGAAGAAGAGCCCCCCGUCGAAGAGACCUCGAAAGACCAAGCAGAAGUCCUCGGAUCCCAUGUACGGGGUCCCAUUCCGCGACGAGUCCGAAAGCCCUCAGAAAGUCAAGUAUGAGGAUAUGGCGGUGAGCGGUCUGGACGCAUUCCACGGCUACAACGGACAGUUCCACCCAGCAGGCAUCUAUCCAGCGGUGAACAUGGCCGACAUGAUGAGUGGUCAGGGAGGUGGGAACAGCAGCGGCGGCAGCAGCAGCAAUAGCUUCAUGGGCUAA